UUGCUUUUCUUAUGCAUUCCACUUCUCAAUGCCCUUCAAAGAUUUAAAUGCCUCGUGUUCCCAUCAUGUUGAAGACGUGUCCAUAGAGAUGAAAUCGUGUUUCGAUGGACACGAAAAUAUCUUACCAUUUCAUUUUGGGCCAUUCCAGUCUCCAGCAUACCCUGGGCGCGGACACGCUGAUUUUCUGUGAGCCAUGGCAUGGCGUACGCGCAGGUUGAUUUAUACGUGUUUUCCACAAAAUUCAGAAGCUGAAAAUUAUCAACCGUUCUUCAGUUUCCAAUAUCAGCAAAGAUAGUGACAGGACUGUGGACAAUCCGAGCAUCACAGUACAAACAUGGAUGACGCUAAGAGUGAAGAGGGCACAUUGACUGUAUCUGGGAAGACGUUGGACGUGGAUUACAGCGGGCAGCACAUGGUUGAAGUAACAGAUCGAAGCGGCCACACCAUACCCUAUCACCUAUUCCAAGGGGUACAUUACGCGCCAGUGUUUAAAGUCAAAAUACUUCAACAAAUCAAAGGUUUCAACAUGAGGCCAGAUGACAUAUACUUCACCGGAUAUCCUCGUACAGGAACAAAUUGACAUUUGAAAUGACAAGCAUGCUUCUUAAUGGUAAAGCUGAAACCAUCCAAAAGCCAAGGAUCUCAUUGAGUUAACUCCUCAUGAUGAACUUGCACAGCUGCCAUCGCCACGCAUCAUCAACUCUCACAUGAAGCUGUCCGACUCUCCAACUGAUGUAACGGCUCUGAAGUGCAAAGUCAUCUUCACUAUGCGAGACCCAAAGGAUGUCGCCGUCUCUCUGUACAAACUCUAUUAUAACAGAACCUUUUCGUCUGGUACAUAUAAUGGAGACUUUGAGGAUUUCCUUCAACUCUUCAUGGAUGGAACAGUCGACAAUAAUGGCAUAUUUGAACACUGGAGAGACGACGAGAAAUAUUUCACUGACCAUCCUGAAGUCCCAGUGCACUUUCAAAGUUAUGAAGAAGCCAUCAAGGAUCCUGUACGUGCUGUACAAGCUCUGUCCGACUUUCUUGGACUUCACAGAAAUGAUGAUCUGUGCCGAGCCAUUGCAGAGAAGUGCAGCUUCUCAAGAAUGAAAAUCGACAAGGAACCCUUUGCAAUAAAAGUGGAUGGAGAACACUUUCUGUACAGAAAAGGAGUCGUUGGUGACUGGAAGAACUGGUUCAACGACAAGAUGGUGGAAGAUUACUACAGAGUAUACGAAGAGAAGAUGGCGGGGUCGAGAUUCUAUGCUAAAUAUGCAAGGAGUAAAACUAAUAUCAUAUGUAUCUAAAGUUCCGUUUUAGUUUGGGUUAGUGCCGUUUUCAGAUAUAUCGUAAUAUUCGGAUUUUACGCUAACAUAUGUCGAUAUAUAUUUCUACAACCAUUUGUCAAAAUAUUAUAUUAUUAAACACACAUUUCGUAGCACACAAAACAUACCUUGAAAACCAUCGCUAACCGGCAACAUCAUACACCAAUGUAUCGUCGUCUUUGUUUGAAUUGCACUCGUAUCUCGAUGCGUAUUUCGCCGUUGGUG